UUAAAAUAUAUGUGUCCUUCCGACCGGAGUGCGUCGCUCUCCGCAAGGGCAGGGUGGUUCUCCAUGGAAGACGCUCUUGCCAACACUCCUUGUUGCCCGUUGCUAUGUUAUUGUUAGGGCGGUUGCUAGAUUACCGCACGAGACUGGGGGAGAGAGAAAGAAGGACAAAGCAGGGGCUACGAAAGGAACGAAGGAGGAAAAGAGGCGAAGAAGGGCGGAGGUAUCGACCGGCGGCUCCCUAUAAAGUACAGGCGACCCCUGGGAUCUAUCCUACGCAGAAUUUUGAAACUAACUCAUCAUGUCUAAGCAAAAAAAAAAAUUAGACUUGAUGACUGAGGAGGAACGUCUGCUAUACCUGCAGCAGAAAAUGCUGGAUGAAGAAGAGGUGCAAAGGAGGAAAGAGGAGAUGUUAAGUCAAUUCUUGAAGGACAAACUGUCUAAAGAACAACACAACACCCGUAUCAACGUCUUAAAGCUAACUGAGAAAUGGCGCACUGUGAUGCGAGAAGCUAAAGCUGCAGAUUUACGCAAGGACAUUGAGAUCUUGACUCAAACCUUUGGAAGAAUUAUAGAUCGGAAAGAUGGCAUCAUCAGGGCUUUAACAAAGGAUUUGGAAGAGGCAGAACAGCAAUAUAUAACAGCCAUGCGUAACCAUGUUCAGAAUGUAGAUAAGUUGAUGGAUUUGCAGCGGAGUAGACUGGUCGUACUCGAGGACGAAUUUGAGGCAGAGUUGGAGUUACUAAAAGAAGAACUUGAUGUUGAGAGACAACAGAUGAUGGCACAGCAUGAGCGGGAAAAGACCAAUCUGGAGCAUAUCAUACAUGCAAUAGACCAGGUCUUUACUAAGGUCUCAGAUACUGCAUGGCAAGACUUUACUAACACAAAGGAAGACCUCACGCACAAGGGCCUGGAGAAGAAGCAUUCACUCCGUGUUCACCUGGAAAGUUUGGUGGAAGAUCUGUGGGUGCAGUUCCAGCUUGGACUAAAGAACUACGUCGACGCAACUGAGGAUAGAAAAAUUGCAUUUGAAACACUGAAGGCACGAGAUGAGAAGAGUUCAAAAGAGAUUGAAAUACAAAUGAAAAAGGCGCAGAAAAUCCAAGAUGCAAUAUCAGCACUGAAGAUUAAGAUGGCGAUCAACACAUGGAAGUAUGAAACAAAACAUAGAAAAAUACGGGAGGGUAAAGAUGCUAUAAAGCAACACUUUCUCAUGCAGAAAAAUCAGAUGAAUAGUCUCCGAGCGUCUGAGCACGAGCAGCUUGUCAAACUGACUGUUGAGAGUAAAGCUGCAAUUGAAGCAUUGAAGAACAUCUGUGCUAAGGGUGAACACAUUCUGAAAAUGGCAGAGGCAUGCAGGAAAUUAGAAACAGAAAAAGAGAAAGUUCUUCCAUUUUAUGCCUGCUCUCUGACCCCAGAAGAAGAGGAAAGGGUUCAAACUUUAAUGAAGAAGCCGCCUUGUGAGGAGCUAGUUCAAAUGAUGACAGAUUAUGAGGCUCUGGACCAAUUCUGGAAGCGCUAUAAUAAGGUUCGCUUAGACCAGAUGGUUCUAGAACAAGAUAAGCAAACCUUACUGCAGGAGAACCAGAAACUUCGGCAACUCCUGAAACAGUACUUAGAUGGAAUCUCAGUCAAUGACCAAAUCCUGUCAAAUCUGAACCCACUCAUUGUUAUAAACAACAAAACAAAUGUGAAAAUUAAUAUGCCUGUGACAGAAUCUGCAAAGCUAGUUUACAAUGUGAUUGAAGCAGCACAUAUUGUUAAUCACACAGUCUAACAAUCACUUCAUUUUGAGCCUAAAUGUGCCUGUCUUUACUGAUUGGUGCCUAACCCUUAUGUCUGUUUAGCAAAGCUUUACUUAAUUACCAAGUUAACUAUCUACUUACCAGUCAUUUAUGUUCAAUAAAUAAUUAGUCUACGUCAUUUGUCAAAUGGUCCAGAUAAAUUUAUGCACAUAGCCUUUGUAACAAAGUAAAUAGCUCAUUGUUUCCAUUUAAGAAAGGCUUUCAAAGUUCAACUCAAUAGCUAAGCCUUUGCAAAUCACCUGUAAUAUUUCUAGCGCACAUGGUGAAUGUAGAGAUAAAGGGCCAGAAAUCUGUCCUUGAUUUUAUGUGCUCAGCACACAAUACAGAGAUUUCAAUGCUGCCAAACUUUGGAAGGAGAGUCCAAUGCCAGUAUAUUCUAUGUUUAAUGCAAAUGGCUACGAUCAAAUUCUAUCCUGUGGUAUGUUGUAACAAAUAGGGGUCUUUAAACUGUAUGGGGAAUUUGGCCCAAAAUUCUGUAGCAGUGUGUAUGAACAACACCAGCCAGCUCUCACCCUUGUUCAGGUAACCUUAUCAACGUGUACAGUACGUCUAGUUCACCUUCCUUUAAAUACAUCUGCACUUUGACUGCCACAUUCCAAGUAUUCUGGGUAGAGAUGUUCUGUAUUUCUGUAACACGCUGCAAUGUUCCACUGCUACGGUAAUGGUUUCUCUGUAGCAGCAAUGUUUGGGUUAUGACUAGAGAUAACUGGGCAUGUUAGCCAAUGAGUGGGAUGUUGUUCUUUCUUGUGUGUCUGGGAGAGGGAUUUUGCGAUUUUUUUUUGCCGGGGAGAGAUGAGGAGAGAAGACACGAAUGGAGAGAUUUGGUAGAUCGCUGGACAGAGUGGACUUGGAGCGAGGGUCUGAAGGUCAGCGAUGAUUGGAGGAGGUCGAUGGUGGAUGAACGGCCUUAUCAGUGAGCUCCAACAUUUGCGCAUUAGACUUUCGUGAGAAUGGGCCCUUUUUCUAUUUUUUUGUUUCUUUACCAACCAUUUGGCAAAUUAAGAAUUAUAAAGCUCAAUCGUUUAAUCGCA